ACUCAGCCCAAUCAAAAUCAGCGGCAUGCAUGCCCAUUAACCUUGAAAAAAUAAAAUAAUAUUCCCUUUGACUAGCCGCUGCACCUAAUCGAUCAGCUUGAGAUAUUACUCAAAUCGAGUUGAUUUCGCCACAACUAUGGAGGUCUCACGUUAAUAAUCUUGUCCCCAACUUGAUAUCUCUUCUCAACAUGGGCAAGAAUAUACACCCAGAAAAUAAAAAAGAAAGAAGAAAGAAAAUAUUAGAGUCCAGAGGUCUCGUCUUCCAGAGUGAGCCAUGCAUGCAGCAUCUGCAGUCAUGAGUGGAGUUCCUGGAAGAGUGAAUACGCAUAGGACUUAUACCCGGUUGUUUAGUUCAGUACACUAUCUCAAACUGAAAUGGGUUGGUUAAGAAUGUGCAGUGAUCUGAUUGUGAAAUGAUUGAGAGAUUCUAGUCUUUCCCUCUGUGGCAAAUCAACUUUGAAGCUUUUUAAGCAUUUUGAUAGGCAAGGAAGGGAAGUUGUUUUCUUGUAGCAGUGUUUGUUCCUGAAACAUCAGCUCUAGCUUAGACUGACCUGGUUUUUCUGAGACUGGAAGUUCUCUACGGUGGCCAAUCACAAGGACUGAAGAUCACCCGGUGAUACAAAAAAAUUGAAGAAAGGUCUGAGUCUGACCAAACAAAAUUAUAUCCUGGUGUAUGGCUGGCGUACGAAAGUUCAAGAUGAAGGGUAUAAUCAUUUGCAUUUCCAUUCAUUUCCUUUUAUUAUUGUUUUCCCUUUCUGUAGGAUUGUAUAAAACGAGAAUCUAAUUAUUCUCAAGUCUGAUCAAUUUCGAAUACAUUAAUAAAUAAAAUGGGAGGAUAUUGAUAUAAAAGAGAGGAAUCAGAGAACAAGAUGGAAUUCAUGAUUAAAAAAGACAUGGAGAAAAGUAAAGUUUUUUAACAUGGGUCCCUCAAGAACCUACCAAAGAUUAAAAAGCAGACAGUAGAGUCUAGAUACAAAGAAAGUAAUACAAAUAGCAGAUCAAAAGUAGAUUCUUUGUUUCGGUACUUUCUUUCUCACUUCUGUGUUCAUCCCCAAACUACCACCUACCAAUUUUUUUCUUCUCCCAUCAAAUUUGUAAAACAGAAAACAAAAUAACAGAGUCAGAAUGGAGACAUUCAAGAAAACCAAUCCUCUCCAUCUUCUCCUUCUCAAUCUCACUCUCUCCAUUUUGUGUGCCGCCCAACCCAUUCCCACUAGCUUCUGUGGUAAAAUCAGAAUUCAGGCCCCAUUUACUCUACUGAAAUCAGUGGAAUCAUCAUCUCCAGUUAACAGAAUGCUCCUAUGCAGAUCCCACAAGGUAUAUUUUCGAACCUCUCUUGGUUUUUUUCCAAUCUCUUCUAUAGAUUAUAGAGCUAGAACACUAACCAUCUCUCACUCUUCUUGUACCUCUUCACUCCACUAUGUUUCUCCUUCCCUUCUCUCAGCUGGUUUUCCUUCUCCACCUCAACCAAAUUCACUUCUUCUUUUCAACUGCUUCAAUCGGACAAAAUCCUUCUCCCCAUUUCUCCGUAACUGUACCCACCUCCAUGAUUGUGGACCAUAUCCAAAACAAGAACCACAAGGGAUCUCCUCUUGCUUAUUUGUUCAUGAUUCUGAGAAACUGGAAAUGGGUUUCGAUCCAAAAGAUCUAGGCUGCUCUCAUUACAACAGAGUCUACAGAGACACUUCUACCGAAGGAUUUCAGCUGGGGACAAGGGUGUCUUUUGAUAUUCCUGACCAUGUACCGAAUAUAUGUAGCGAGUGCACAAAGCCGAAGGGCAAUUGUGGGGUUGGGCUGAGGUGCAUUUGCCACCCAAAACAGUGUAAAGAUAAAGUGUUCUCUGGAGGUAUAUCCACGAACCCAUCCUUGCUUUCCAUCAUAAUUAUGGUGGUUUUAUUCAUGAGUUGUUAAUGCAAGGAAUUGCACACUUUGAAGCUCGAAGAUGCAGAUAUAGCAGCCUUUAUUCUACCUUGUAAAUAUUGAAGAACAAAUCAAUUGGCGUGAGUUUAUUCUUUAGUAGCUUUUAAUUCUUAAGUAUCUCAAAUACGUUGAUGGAACUCCCGAUGGACCAGAUAUCGUAUCACUUAUUUGAAAAAUGUUUUCCUGAAUUUGGAUUUUUGCUGA